AUGGCGGGCCUACCGAACGGCCAACGAUACGAUCGACAUACACUUCCUCGACCCGGUCUGCAAUCGCAACAGUCCAAUUCCGUGCCAUCAACACCCCACCAGAAGCCACGAGACCGCAUCUUCACCUCAAGAUCACCUUCGCCACGCCAGAGCGCACGGAAUCACUCGCCGCACUCGGUGGUGUCCGAGGCGGUCGGUGCGCUCAGCAAUCGAAAUGCACCCACGCUAUGCAAGUACGAGACGGGAGAUGAGAUCCGGAAGAGGCGAAUACCAUAUGUUGACGGAGGUCAUGAGGAACUCGGACCGCCGAAGAAGGAGCCGAAGAAAACGUUGGAACCGGACGAGCAGGAGAAACUGAGUGGCGACAUGCGGGAGCUGUACGAUCGGUUAUUGCCAUCUGAGGAGAGCGAAGAGAACAGGGCAAAGUUGCUUGUGAAGCUGGAAAGGUUACUGAACGAGGAGUGGCCGGGCAAUGACAUCCGCGUCAAAGUGUUUGGUUCUUCUGGCAACUUGCUCAGCUCGACGGACUCGGAUGUUGAUAUUUGCAUCAUCGCACCGCUACCGCAGUUAAUAUCGAUGCAUACCCUGGCUUCGCUUCUUGCGAAAAAUGGCAUGGAGAAAGUGGUCUGCCGGGCAGCCGCAAAGGUUCCAAUCGUCAAAUGUUGGGAUCCGGAGCUUCAGCUAGCGGCUGACCUGAACGUGAACAAUGUUCAGGCACUGCAGAACACACGCAUGAUCAAGACAUACGUCGAGUUGGACGACCGAAUACGACCGUUGGCGAAAAUCAUCAAGUACUGGACAAAGCGGCGAAUAUUGAACGAUGCUGCAUAUGGCGGCACGAUCAGCUCCUACACCUGGAUAUGUAUGAUCAUCAACUUUCUGCAAAGACGAAGUCCACCGAUCCUGCCAUCUUUACAGAAGAUACCCGGAUGCCGAUUACCUUCCGAGACUGGCAAAGUCUCACCUUUCGCGGACGACAUUGAGGAAUUGAAGAAGAGCGGUGCUUUGAAGGGAUAUGGAGAUUCAAAUAAGGAAUCGCUGGGGGAGUUGCUGUACCAGUUUUUCCGACAUUACGGAUACGAUUUUGAGUACUCUCAAUACGUGGUAUCAAUCAAGGAGGGCAAGAGUCUGUCGAGAAAGGAAAAGGGAUGGCAGCCAAGCAAUUAUCUCGACAAGGAGGCACGGCAACGACUUUGCGUGGAGGAGCCGUUCACAGUGGAACGGAACUUGGGCAAUACCGCGGACGAUUAUGCAUGGCAUGGAAUUCACGGAGAGAUUCGUCGUGCUUGUGAUCUGCUCGCGGAUAACCUUCAGCUGGAGAAGUGCUGCGAACAGUUUGAGUUUCCACCGGAGGAGAAGCACAUCUUUCAACGGCCGGUGCCCAGGCCGAAGCCGACUUUGACGAGGAGUGCAUCGCAAUCAGGACGACCUGCCGGCGAGCCAGGUUCUGGCAGAAAC